UCAGUGUGCCAGGUGAGAUAUAAAAUAUAAUAUAAUUGAGUUAUUAUAGGGUAAAAUAUAGAAGUACUUCAUACAUGCAAUGAGGUUAGAGAAAUCUCUCUGUGGCGUUUCUGAAAAACGUAUUUAACUUUGAGAUUGAUUGCAUCACAAUUAAUAUAAAUUUAUUUUUGUAUAUUUCAUUUAUUAUUUGGGGAAAUAUUUCAGUUAUUUUCUUGUCUUUGAUUCACAAAUUGCCGAAUUGAAAUUUAUUAGAUCAUAUCACAGUAGUGUGGUUCGUCUCGAGUGAGUGUGUGUGGCUUGGGCAUCGUUCGAGCAACCGGCCGGUACACGUGUCUAUCAUGUAUCGACUUAUAAUCGAACAUUAUAAUAGAACGAUUCCAGGGAAAUUUCGAAUAAUUUUAAUAGUUCAUUACAGAAUGUCGAAUCCUACUUUCAAAAAUUAUAAGUAUCUACUCGUCCAUUUUAUUGAGGAAGGAGCUACUUUCGACAUUGCGGCUAAUCCCUGGGUCAAAUAUGACGAGAAGAAAAAACAAUUCUUGAGUUUGUUUCACGCUGGUGAUGAAUCCGAGCUGACAGAAUCAUUAUUGAGAACCUAUAAUGCUCCUCCCAAAAGAUGGAAAUAUUAUCCGGUCGACCUGAGAGCGGGUGCAGACACAUAUGAUAUUGCAUUGGAACGACUACAGAACUUGAAAGACCUUCCAUACGGCUUCUCAGAUCACGAGUACAGUCAACAAAAAAUUGAAGGAUUGAAAAAAAUGAUUAGAUUAAGAAAGACGAAUCACAAUCAUUAUGAGAUCAAAGACCUCUUUUCUCAGGCAGGUGGACCUCUAGAUGAUAAGGAUGAUGAUAGGAUUUCGAUGAAAGUCGGCCAGUUCACAGAAUUAAAAAAUUUAUAACAAUUUACUCAUUCCGAGU